AUGAAUGUUAAGAUCAGGGAUGCAUUGGCCAGUGAUUUGACAGCCAUUAACGAUAUCUACAGUCACUAUGUAUUGACAACAACGGCAACUGCACAGGAAAUACCCGAUCAGUUACAUCAACGGCUUGAAUGGUUUCGGCAACUGUCGGAAAAAGGUUUACCAAUACUAGUGGCCGAACUGUUGGACGGCAACGGCGGCGGCGGUAAUGGCCAAGUAGUAGUCGGUUGGGGAUCAAUGAGUUUGUUUAACGAUCGGUCCGGUUAUCGGUAUUGUCUCGAGGACUCAGUUUAUAUACAUAAAGAUUAUUUAUCUCAAGGUUUCGGUAGUAAAUUGAUGGAUGAGCUACUAAGCAGAGCCCGAUCAGCCGGUUAUCGGCAAUUGUUGGCCAAAAUAAGUGGCGAACAAACGGCUAGUAUUAGAUUUCACGAUAGUUUUUAG